CGGGCGGCUGGAGCUGGUCUUCCUGGUGGACGAGUCCUCGAGCGUGGGGCCUGCCAACUUCCUCAGCGAGCUGCGCUUCGUCAAGAAGCUGCUCUCCGACUUCCCCGUGGUGCCGGCCGCCACGCGCGUGGCCAUCGUCACCUUCUCCUCCAGGAGCAACGUGGUGCCGCGCGUGGACUACAUCUCCCAGCGCCGGGCGCGCCAGCACAAGUGCGCGCUGCUGAGCCGCGAGAUCCCGGCCAUCGCCUACCGCGGCGGCGGCACCUACACCAAGGGCGCCUUCCAGCAGGCGGCGCAAAUACUGCAACACUCCCGUGAAAAUGCCACAAAGGUGAUAUUUCUCAUUACUGAUGGAUAUUCCAAUGGAGGUGAUCCUAGACCCAUCGCAGCAUCCUUGCGUGUAGAAUUUGGAGUAGAGAUCUUCACAUUUGGAAUAUGGCAAGGCAACAUCCGAGAACUAAAUGACAUGGCUUCCCAUCCAAAGGAGGAACACUGUUACCUGCUUCACAGCUUUGCAGAGUUUGAGGCUUUAGCUCGCAGAGCUCUUCAUGAAGAUCUGCCUUCUGGCAGUUACAUUCAAGAAGAUAUAUCCCAUUGUUCAUAUCUCUGCGAGGCAAAUGAGAACUGCUGUGACAUCAUGGCGAGCUGCAAAUGUGGCACUCACACAGGGCAGUUUGAAUGUAUAUGUGAAAAAGGGUACUAUGGUAAAGGACUACAGCAUGAAUGCACAGCUUGCCCAUCAGGAACAUAUAAGCCUGAAGGUUCACCUGGUGGAAUCAGCACUUGCAUCUCUUGUCCUGAUGACAACCACACCUCUCCCCCUGGAAGUACCUCCAUCGAGGACUGUGUUUGCAAGGAUGGGUAUCGUACUGCAGGACAGGCCUGUGAACUUGUCCACUGCCCUGAGCUGCAGCCCCCUGAAAAUGGUUACUUUAUCCAGAACGUCUGCAACAACUACUUCAACGCUGCCUGUGGAAUCCGAUGUAAAGCAGGAUUUGACCUAGUGGGAAGCAGCAUCCGGCUGUGUCAGCCAAAUGGCCUCUGGUCUGGCUCAGAGACCACGUGCAGAGUUCGAACGUGUCCAAAACUCCACACACCUGAAAACGGACGAAUUAAUUGUUCGUCAGGUGAUACCUCAUACAAGACAGUGUGUUUUGUGACCUGUGAUGAGGGCUAUGAACUGGAAGGAAACUCCCAACUCACCUGUCAAGGAAACUCUCAGUGGGAUGGAAAGGUGGCAACAUGUGUGGAGGUGCAUUGCCCCAUCUUCCAGAAACCUGAGAGUGUGACAGUUCAUCCGUCAAGUUGCGGACAGGGACCAUCAAAAUCUGGAACAGUGUGUCAGUUGAGCUGUCCCCGGGGAUUCACCUUGUCUGCGGUUAGAGAAGAACUGAUAUGCACUCCUUCUGGGAGAUGGAGUGAAAAUGUCCAAAAGGCUCUAUGUAAAGAUUUUGAAGCUCCUCAAAUCAGCUGUCCAGACAAUAUUGAGGCAAGGACUCUGGAACAUCAUAACUCUGCUAAUAUUAGCUGGCAGGUUCCAAUAGCAAAGGAUAACUCUGGAGAUGAGGUCUCAAUUCACGUUACUCCAGCUUUUGUACCACCUUCUCUAUUCCCCAUUGGAGAAGUUGUGAUCACUUACACAGCAGUGGACAAGUCCGACAAUCGGGCAAGCUGCACAUUCAGUGUCAAGGUUAUUGAUGUAGAAUCCCCUGUAAUCGAUAGAUGCAGAUCUCCACCUCCAGUUCAGGUAUUGGAGAACGAGUACAGAGCAACGUGGGAGGAGCCUCAGUUCUCUGACAACUCAGGAGCUGCCCUGACUAUCACUAAAAGUCAUUCACCUGGAGAUCUCUUCCUCAAAGGGGAGACAACAGUUCAAUACACUGCCACAGACCCGUCAGGAAAUAACAGGACAUGUGAGAUCCGCAUUGUCAUCAAAGGUUCUCCCUGUGAAAUUUCCUUUACCCCAGUGCAUGGGGAUUUUAUAUGCAUAGAAGACGAAGCAGGUGUUAACUGCACAUUACGCUGCAUGGAUGGUUAUAACUUUACAGCAGCGUCAACUGAAAACUAUUAUUGUGCCUAUGAGGAGGGUGUCUGGAAACCACCAUAUUCUACUGAAUGGCCUGACUGCUCUUUAAAUCGUUUUGCAAAUCAUGGGUUCAAGUCUUUUGAGAUGCUCUACAGAACAACGCGAUGUGAUGACAGCAACCUUCUAAAAAACUUUGCCGAGGCUUUUCAGAGUGCGCUUGGUAAAAUGGUCCCAUCGUUCUGUAAUGAUAUCGAUGACAUUGACUGCAGAUUGGAGGAUUUGCCACAGAAACAUUGCCUAGAAUAUAAUUAUGACUAUGAAAAUGGAUUUGCAAUUGGACCCGGAGGCUGGGGCGCAGCAAACCGUCUGGAUUAUUCCUACGAUGACUUCCUUGACAUAGUGCAGGAAGAACAGCUACAAAUGCCUCUCUCUGGCUCUGUGAAAACAGCACCCUCCCGGGUCAAGAGACACAAAAAACUCAACAUUCCAAUGACAGAUCACAAAAUUAAGUUAAUAUUUAAUAUCACUGCUAGUGUGCCGUUGCCCAAGGAAAGGAAUGAUAGUGUGGAAUCAGAAAACCAGCAGCGACUUCUUAAAACUCUGGAGACUAUCACAAACAGGCUGAAAAGGACACUCAAUAAGGAACCCAUGUAUUCUUUUCAGUUUGCAUCAGAACUGGUCGUAGCUGACAGCAACUCACUGGAAACUGAGAAAGCCUUUCUGUUCUGCAGACCAGGUUCAGUUCUGAGAGGGCGAAUGUGUGUUAACUGCCCUUUGGGUACCUACUAUUCUCUGGAGCAUCGCACUUGUGAAAGCUGCUGGACUGGAUCCUAUCAAGAUGAGGAAGGGCAGCUGGAAUGCAAAAGUUGCCCAUCUGGUAGCUAUACCGAAUACCUCCACUCCAGGAGUAUCUCUGAAUGUAAAGCUCAGUGCAAGCAGGGAACGUACUCACCUAAUGGUCUUGAAACCUGUGAGUCAUGUCCUCUUGGCACAUAUCAACCUGUAUUUGGAUCUAAGAACUGCAUCGCCUGUCCAGAAAAGAUGUCGACAGUGAAAAGAGGAGCUGUGGAUAUCUCAGCAUGUGGAGUACCUUGUCCAGCAGGGGAAUUCUCUCGCUCUGGUUUAAUGCCUUGCUACCCCUGCCCCCGGGACUACUAUCAACCAGAUCCAGGGAAGUCCUACUGCUUAUCUUGUCCUUUUUAUGGGACAACUACGAUCAUUGGUGCCAGAUCCAUCACAGACUGUUCAAGUUUUGGCUCUACUUUCACAGCGGCCGAGGAGAGUAUAAUGGUACCAGUCUCUCCAGAAAAUAUCAGCAAGCAAUACAAAGUCAGCAGUCAGGUUUUUCAUGAGUGUUUCCUGGAACCAUGCCAUAAUAAUGGCACGUGCAAACAGCUUGGAAGUGGGUACAUUUGCAUGUGUCCAUCUGGAUACACAGGCUUAAAAUGUGAAAAGGAAAUUGAUGAGUGCAAGUCAACCCCUUGCCUCAACAAUGGAGUUUGCAAAGAUGGCAUUGGGGUGUUCAUUUGCCAGUGCCAACCAGGCUAUACAGGUUUACUGUGUGAGGAGGAUAUAAAUGAAUGCAGGUCCAACUCGUGUGUGAACGGAGCACUUUGUGUUGAUGACAUCAAUGCUUAUCACUGCAAAUGUGCAGAAGGAUUCACAGGCACUCGCUGUGAAACAGAGGUGAAUGAAUGCCUUUCAAACCCAUGUCAAAACAAGGGCAUUUGUGAGGAUCGGAUCAGGAGUUUCCAUUGCAAGUGCCUUCCUGGGUUUACUGGCGUCUUGUGUGAAAGAAACAUUGAUGAGUGUCUCAGCAGACCCUGUAAGAAUGGGGCCACAUGCAAAGAUGGUAUCAACAACUUCAGGUGUCAAUGUGUGACAGGGUACACAGGACUGCACUGUGAAGUGAACAUCAAUGAGUGUGAAUCCAAUCCCUGUUUAAACCAAGCUACCUGUGUGGAUGCCUUGAACUCGUACAUUUGUAAAUGUCUCCCUGGCUUUACAGGCAGCAGGUGUGAAACAGAACAGUCCUCUGGUUUUAACCUGGAUUUUGAAGUAUCUGGUAUCUAUAGCUAUGUCAUGCUUGACAAUAUUCUCCCAUCACUUGGUGACAUCACCUGUGCAUUCUGGAUGAGAUCAGCUGACACUACUAAUUAUGGGACUCCAAUUUCUUAUGCAGUGGAGAAUGGAAGUGACAAUGCAUUUCUGCUAACAGAUUACAAUGGCUGGGUUCUUUAUGUGAAUGGGAAAGAGAGGAUCACAGAUUGUCCCUCUGUGAAUGAUGGCAACUGGCAUCACAUUGCAGUCACCUGGACAUGCAUGAAUGGAGCCUGGAAUGUAUAUAUUGACGGGAAGUUGUCUGAUGGAGGCAGAGGUCUAUCUGUAGGAUCAAAAAUCCCUGGUGGCGGCGCGCUAAUACUUGGACAAGAGCAAGACCAGAGAGGAGAAGGAUUCAAUCCAGCAGAAUCUUUUGUGGGCUCUCUUAGCCAGCUUAACAUCUGGGACCAUGUCCUAACCCCACAGGAGGUAAAAUCCCUGGCUACUUCCUGUCCAGAAGAACUGCAAAAAGGAAAUGUAUUGGCUUGGCCAGAUUUCUUGCCUGGGGUUGUUGGAAGAGUGAAGAUAGAUUACAGGAGCAUAUUUUGUGCUGAUUGCCAAUCCUUAGAAGGAUCCAUACCUCAUCUGCGGGCCUCAUCAACUGAUUUAAAGCCAGGGUCAAAAGUGAGGCUUUCCUGUGAUCCAGGCUUCCAAAUAGUGGGGAACUCUGUCCAGCACUGUCUAAAUUUGGGACAAUGGACUCGACCUCUUCCCCGCUGUGAAAGAAUCAGCUGUGGAGUGCCUCCACCUUUAGAAAAUGGAUUUUAUUCUGCUGAGGACUUCUUUGCGGGUAGCACAGUUACCUAUCGGUGCAAUAAUGGCUAUUAUUUGUUGGGGGAUUCAAGGAUGUUCUGCACUGACAAUGGAAGCUGGAAUGGCAUCUCGCCAUCUUGCCUUGAUGUGGAUGAAUGUGCUGUUGGAUCAUAUUGCGAUGAGCAUGCUUCUUGCCUGAAUACAAAUGGGUCCUACAUAUGUGCUUGCAUCCCUCCUCAUACAGGCGAUGGAAAAAAAUGUGCAGAACCAGUAAAGUGCAAGAAUCCAGGAAAUCCAGAACAUGGUCAUUCUUAUGGUGACAAUUACACUGUUGGUAGUGAAGUUACUUUCUCCUGCGAAGAGGGUUUCCAGUUGAUAGGAGCGACUAGAGUCACAUGUUUGCAGUCUGGAGAGUGGAGCCACCUGAUACCAUAUUGUGAAGCUGUAUCCUGUGGUAGUCCAGUUAUUCCAGAAAAUGGUGCCAUUGAGGGCUCAAAUUUUACUUAUGGCAAGAAGGUGCUGUACAGAUGUAACAGAGGAUACAAUCUAAUGGGUGAAAAGGAAACAACAUGCCUUGCUAGCGGUGCUUGGAAUCAUGCUCCUCCUGUCUGUGAAAUAGUAACAUGUCCGAGCCCACAGGACAUAAACAAUGGAAAAUACACACUGAGUGGCUUGACGUAUCUUUCUACUGCAUCAUAUACGUGUAACAGUGGAUACAGCCUACAGGGUCCCCCAGUACUUGUGUGUGAAGCUUCAGCUAACUGGAACAGCAUACCACCAGUCUGCAAAAUUGUCUCUUGUGGAUCCCCUCCUGCCAUCAAAGAUGCUGUGAUCAGUGGGAAUAACUUUACUUUUGGCAACACAGUCACUUAUACGUGUAAGGAAGGCUACACAUUAAUUGGCCCUGACACCGUAGAAUGCUUAGCCAGUGGUGAGUGGAGUAUGAGUCACCAGCAGUGCCUGGCGGUUUCCUGUGAUGAACCUCCCCAUGUGGAACAUGCUUCCCCAGAGAGCGCCCAUCGGUUGUUUGGCGAUAUAGCUUAUUACUACUGCUCAGAUGGCUACAGCUUGGAGGACAAUUCCAAGCUGUUUUGCAAUGCUCAGGGGAAGUGGGUGCCUCCUGCUGGCAUGAAGAUGCCCCACUGCAUCGCUGAUUUUUGUGAGAGGCCUCCCACAGUGUCCUACACCAUCCUGGAAUCAGUUAAUAAAGUAAAAUUUCCUGCUGGUUCAGCCGUGAGCUUCAAGUGUAUGGAAGGUUUUGUCCUAAACACGUCUGCUAAGAUUGAGUGCAACAGAGGUGGGCAGUGGACUCCUUCUCCUUUGACUAUCCAGUGCAUCCCAGUUCGCUGUGGGGAACCGCCGAGUAUUAGAAAUGGCUAUGCGAGUGGAGCCAACUACAGCUUUGGAGCCGUGGUGGCUUAUAGCUGCUACAAAGGGUUCUAUAUCAAAGGAGAAAAGAAAAGGACAUGUGAGGCCACAGGAGACUGGAGCGGUAACCUACCUACCUGCCAUCCGGUGUCUUGUGGAGAACCACCCAAGCUUGAAAACGGAGUCAUUGAGCGCACGACUGGACGCUUCUUUGAGAAUGAAGUGUACUACCAAUGUAAUGCUGGCUACAAGCUAGCUGGAAGCUCAGUAUCAGUCUGCCAAGCAAAUCGUCAGUGGCAUAGUGAAUCGCCACCUUCUUGUGUUCCUCUCAGCUGUGGCAAACCACCUCCUAUCCAGCACGGAUAUGCAAAGGGAGAAAGCUUUGAUGUGGGAUCCAAGGUUGAGUUUUUCUGUGAUGAGGGCUAUGAGCUGAUGGGAGAUGCCUCUUGGACAUGCCAGAAAUCUGGGAAGUGGAGCAAAAAGCAAAGCCAAAAGUGUGUGCCAACAAAGUGCCCAGAACCACCACUGAUUGAAAAUCAGCUCGUCUUGAAAGAGAUGGUUCACCAAGUAGGUGUUGUCCAGUUUUCCUGCAAAGAGGGCUAUGUCUUGCAUGGUUCCUCGGUGCUGAAAUGUUUGCCAUCACAACAGUGGAAUGAUUCCUUUCCAGUCUGCAAGGUUGUACUGUGCCAUGGGCCUCCAUACAUUCCCUUUGGUGACCCUGUGGCAUCAUCUCUUCAUUUUGGUAGCACCGUGACGUACACCUGCAUGGAUGGGUUUUUACUGAAGGGAGAACCUACAAUUGGAUGUCAGGCUGAUGGCUCCUGGAGCUUUCCAUUGCCAGAAUGUAUUCCAGUAGAAUGCCCUCAGCCUGAAGAAAUUCAGAAUGGCAUUGUAGAUGUGCAGGGUCUUACUUACCUCAGCACAGCACUGUACACGUGUAAACCGGGCUUUGAAUUACUGGGGAACACUACUAUUCUCUGUGGAGAAGAUGGUCAUUGGCUCGGUGGAAAGCCAUCUUGCAAGCCUGUGGAAUGCCCAAAACCUAAGGAGAUUCAGAAUGGCAAAUAUUCAUACACAAACUUUCAUUAUGGGCAGACUGUUACAUAUUCGUGUGACAGAGGAUUCCAGCUCAAAGGGCUGAAUGUACUGAGCUGCUUAGAGACGGGAGAGUGGGACGCAGAUGUUCCGUCUUGCAAAGCCAUAAACUGUGACCCCCCUCAGCCCAUUGAGAAUGGUUUUGUGGAAGGUGCAGAUUACAGCUAUGGCGCUAUGAUCAUCUAUAGCUGCUUUCCAGGUUUCCAGCUGGCUGGUCUUGCCAUGCAGACUUGUGAAGAGUUGGGAUGGUCUAGUUUUACGCCGGCAUGCCUACCGACAGACUGUGGCCUGCCUCCCCAUAUUGACUUCGGGGAAUAUGUGCAGGUUAGAAGCGAAGAAGGACAUUUUGACCAAGAAAGAAUACAUCUUACUGAGAGCCCUCCUGUUUCAGACAUGUUAGUUGCUAGUCACUGGAAAGAUAUAAAAAGUCCUUUGAAGGAAACUAACGCAGUACAGUUGACAAACUUUUUAUAUGGAACCAUAGUUAUGUACACGUGCUACUCUGGUUAUGAGCUAUUAGGAAACCCCAUACUAGCUUGCCAAGAGGAUGGAGCAUGGAAUGGCAGUGCCCCUGUCUGCAUAUCAAUUGAGUGUGACUUACUCUCACCCCUAGAGAAUGGCUUUUUACAUUUUACUGAGAAUACACUUGGUAGCAUUGUGCAAUAUGCCUGUAAACCAGGGUAUAAGCUAAUUGGUUCCGACACAAGGCUGUGUUUGCCUAAUCGACAGUGGAGCAAUGCUGCUCCAUACUGCGAGGUGGUAUCGUGUACCACACCUAACAAACUCAUGAAUGGAAAUAUAAAGGGAGAAAACUACACUUACAGGAGUGUGGUCCAUUAUGAAUGUGAUUCUGGGUACCAGUUAAAUGGCUCAGAGAAGAGGACAUGCCAGGAUAACCAAAAAUGGGAUGGGAAUGAGCCUAUUUGCAUCCCCAUUUUUUGUGGCCAACCACCAGUUUUAGAAAAUGGCCACGUGACUGUAGAUGAAUACACAUUCCAAAAACACAUGGAAUAUAGCUGUAAUGAAGGUUUCCAGCUGCAUGGGGACAGGAGUAGAGUCUGCCUUGCAAAUGGAAGCUGGAGUGGAAUCACUCCAGUUUGUAAAUCCAUCAAGUGUGCAGUACCACUACCUCUUCCCAAUGGAGAAAUUAUUGGAUCAGAAUAUGGCGUUGGGAAGGAAGUUCAGUAUCGCUGCAGUGAAGGCUACAUAUUGCAUGGAGCAUCCAUACUUACCUGUCAAGCUGAUGGCACCUGGGAUCCAGAGGCUCCGUACUGUGAGUCAGUCAAUUGCGGACCCCCAGAAGACAUCUCUCAUGGCUUCCUGAAUAGUUCAGGCUUCAGUUAUGGGGAAUACACACAGUAUGUGUGCUUUCCCGGUUAUGAGUUACGUGGAAAUCCACUGCGGCCAUGUUUGUCUAACGGCUCAUGGGGGGGAAGCCUCCCCUCUUGCCUCCCCUGUGAAUGCCCCAUGCCACUGAUUCAGAAUGGGGUUGUUAUCGGGCAAGAUUUCCGCUGCGGGAAAAGUGCACAAUUUCAGUGCCUGGAGGGUUUUAAACUGCUAGGGCCUUCUGAAGUCUCCUGUGAGGCAGCUGGCAAAUGGAGUUCUGCUUUUCCACACUGCGGGCAGAUUUCAUGUGGCUCCCCACCAGCAAUACCCAAUGCCUUUAUUAGUGGAAGCAGCACUGUGGAGGAGAACACUGUAAUAUAUAACUGCAUAACUGGCUUUGUCAUACAAGGGAGGCCAGAGCUGACUUGUACAGAUACGGGCAUUUGGAGUGAGCCGUAUCCACGCUGCGAGCUGAUGUCCUGUGGACCCCCACCUUCCAUUCCUAAUGCAGUGGCUGUUGGAGAGACCCACACCUAUGGAAGCAGAGUCCAGUACAGAUGUCUGGAGGGCUACGUGAUGGAAACAGAAAUGGAUAUAUGCACUUGUCAGGAAGAUGGACACUGGUCUCCUAAGAGCAUUUCCUGUUGCCUCAGAAAAUGUCCCAUGCCCACAAAUAUAACCAAUGUAAUUAUUUCUGGUGAUGAGUUUACUGUGAAUAAGAGCAUCACUUUAUCAUGCUCAGAAGGCUAUACUUUGUCAGGAGCAAGCACAUCUACAUGCCAGCACAAUGGCAGCUGGGUGCCAUCAUUUUCUGAUGAUAUCUGUGUUCCUGUGUCUUGUGGGAAACCAGCAACCCCAGAACAUGGAACUGUGCUUGGUGCUAGUUACAGCUACAAGGAUGCGGUUCUUUAUCAGUGCAAUGCUGGCUAUGAAUUACAAGGUGAUGCAGAACGUAUCUGCCAAGGAAAUAAACUGUGGAGUGGAGCAGCACCAGUGUGCAGAAGGAUCUCCUGUGGACCACCAGAAUUGACAGAGAAUGGAUCUGUUCACGGGGAGGAGUUCCUGUUUGGGGAUGAAGUUCUCUACAGCUGUAAUCAAGGCUUUGAACUACAGGGACCCAGCCGAAGAAUCUGUCAUGUUAACAGGCGGUGGAGUCCCUCAGCCCCUUCGUGUGUGCGGAUAACUUGCGAGCCACAUCCCUCUAUAGAAAAUGCAGUGUCCGUGGCCUCAGGAAGUGCUUACAGAAGUAACGUUACCUAUGUGUGCAAGUUUGGAUACCAUCUCGUUGGGCCCCAGAAUAUCACAUGCCUUGCCAAUGGGACCUGGAGUAAACCCCUCCCAUCAUGUGAAGAGACCAGAUGCGAAGCUCUGGUUUCCUUGGCGAAUGGGAAGGCACUCUAUGAAAAUAAUACACUUGGCAGCAGAGCAGCAUAUUACUGCGACAGAGGAUACAGCUUGGAAGGGGAGCCCAUAGCAGAGUGCACAGAAACUGGAAGCUGGAGUCACCCGAUACCGCUGUGCCAACCAAAUCCUUGUCCUGUGCCUUUCAUAAUCCCGGAGAAUGCCCGCCUGUCUGAGACAGAAUUUUAUGUCGGCCAGAAAGUAUCGAUCAAGUGCAGGGAGGGCUAUCAACUUAAAGGACAAGCUGCAAUGACCUGUAACCCUGAUGAGACUUGGACACCAGCAAGAGCUAAAUGUGAAAAGAUUUCUUGUGGGCCCCCUGCUCACAUCGAAAACGCCUUGGCCCGUGGUACAUUUUAUCAGUAUGGAGACAUGAUCACCUACUCAUGCUACAGCGGGUACAUGCUAGAGGGGUCCCUGAGAAGUGUGUGUUUAGAAAAUGGAACUUGGACAAAACCACCUGCCUGCAAAGCCAUUUGUCGAUUCCCAUGUCAGAACGGCGGAGUCUGUGAGCGACCAAACGCAUGCUCCUGUCCAGAAGGCUGGAUGGGCCGUCUCUGCGAAGAGCCAAUAUGCAUCCUGCCUUGUCUGAACGGAGGUCGCUGUGUGGCCCCCUACCAAUGUGAUUGCCCAGCUGGGUGGACUGGAUCACGCUGUCAUACGGCUGUGUGCCAGUCUCCCUGCUUAAAUGGUGGGAAAUGUAUACGACCAAAUCGAUGCCAUUGCCCCUCAUCAUGGACUGGACAUGACUGCACGAAGAAAAGGAAGGCUGGAUUCUAUCCCUUUUAACAGCAGAGGAACUGUUUUAUACUAAGAAAAUAUUUCUUCAGCAUAGCCACUGGGGCUUGAAACCUAAUGCGUUGUAAAUCAAAUCCAGUGCUUUUUUUCCCCCUUGAAAAUGUUUUUGCUUUGUGAUAUAUUUUUCCUAUACUUUUCCAUUUUAAAGAAACCAUCUGUAUUUUUUCAUAUUCAAAAAUAUAACAAAUAUAUGCUGCUACACACACACAAAUGUACAAAUACUGCUGUCCAGCGAGGAAAUAGCUUGUGUACAUUUUGGUCCUUGCCAUUCCUUGAAUACAACUGGUUAAUUAAAAUACAUUUUACUGCCAACCAAGAGUCAACAGGAUGUUGCAAUUCUGGGUACUAGUUGCCAAAGCUUUACGGUAAUUCAGCAGUUAGUCUGUAGACAAUAGUUACUGCAGGCUAAAGUGAGCUGUGAAACAUUCCAUGAUACUUUGAACCUGAUCUCACUUACACCUAUGAGAAUUAGGAGUAAUUUCAAUAAAGUCAGUCUCAACCUGCUGGCACUCUGCUGAAAUGGAGUUAUACCAGUGUCAGGCUGGUGAAAGAGGAGAAUCAAGCCCUAUAAUUUUUGCCAUAAGGAAUUAAUUUUCUUUGAAAAUGUUUUAAUGAGAGGGUGUUUGUGUUAAGUUUACCAUAGAUUGGUGAAAUAGUCAAAAGUUUAGACUAGGGUGACCAGACAGUGAAUGUGAAAAAUUGGGAUGGGAGUGGGGGAUAGUAGGACCCUGUAUAAGAAAAAGACCCAAAAAUCGGGACUGUCCCUAUAAAAUAGGGACAUCUGGUCACCCUAGUUUAGACUAGGUGGGAGAAUGUUGUGUAGCUGAGAAUGAAGUAGACAGACAACUCCAGUAGCCAUAUCCAUGGAAACAGGUGAAAUUGACAGGUGAUAUUUGUAGUGUGCAGAACCAUCAGUGAACCAGAAAAAUAGGAUCUCUCUCUCUCACACACACACAUAUACACACACACACACACACACACACACACUGCCAACUAAGAACUACAAAGUGCACAAUCCACAUAGGAGUGAGCUAUUCCAAGUCAUACUUAAAGUCUGUCGCGCACU